AUGGGUAACGUACCCACUACAGUGAAGCACUGCUUGAGCUAUGAGCAAAUUAUCCAGGACUAUCCAUGGCUGAAACGCUGGCUCCUCGAGGAGAAGACCAAUACAGGACAUGAGUUUCCAGAGUUUGUUAAAAUAGUUGAAGUUGGGCCGAGAGAUGGACUUCAAAAUGAAAAGGAAAUUGUUCCGACAGGGGUGAAAAUCCAGCUGAUAGACAUGCUCUCAGGAACAGGCCUGCCUGUGAUCGAGGCCACCAGCUUUGUCUCUUCAAAGUGGGUACCGCAGAUGGCUGACCACACUGAUGUACUCAGAGGAAUCCAGAGAGCACCUCAUGUUCGCUACCCUGUUUUGACACCUAACAUGCAAGGUUUCCAGGAUGCUGUUGCAGCUGGUGCUACUGAAGUGGCGGUGUUUGGGUCAGCGUCUGAAACCUUCAGUAAAAAAAAUAUUAACUGUUCUAUUGAUGAAAGCAUGCUGAGGUUUAAGGAAGUCAUUAACACUGCCAAAGAGCGACAGAUCCCAGUCCGUGGAUAUGUUUCUUGUGCCCUUGGAUGCCCCCACGAGGGAUACAUUGAACCUUCCAAAGUCUCUGAGGUGGCAAAGAGUUUAUACGAAUUGGGCUGCUAUGAGAUUUCCUUGGGGGAUACUAUCGGUGUUGGUACUCCAGGUUCCAUGUUUAAGAUGCUGCAGAGUGUGAUGAAGGAGGUGCCCACCAACGCUCUAGCAGUUCACUGCCAUGACACUUAUGGGCAAGCACUGCCCAACAUCCUUACUGCACUUCAGAUGGGGGUCUGUGUGGUGGAUUCUGCAGUAGCUGGCCUGGGAGGUUGCCCAUACGCUCAGGGUUCAUCUGGCAAUGUUUCAACAGAGGAUGUUCUUUACAUGCUCCAUGGCAUGGGCAUUGAAACUGGUGUGAACCUUGCCAAAGUUAUAGAGGCUGGUGACUUCAUCUGCAAUGCUUUACGUCGUGAGACAAACUCCAAGGUUGCCAAGGCAAGAGGCAGAACACUGUGAUGUGUUUCUGUGAGGGAAAAUAUUUAAAUAUUUGACUCUGCUCCCUUUAAAGUGCUUCCCCUUUUGUUGCUGCCUUCAGAUUUGUUGCCUAUGCUUUUGUAGUUGAUCCUCCUGUCAGAGGUGUCUCAUCCAAAUAAUCUAAAGAUUUAUCAGGACAACAUUGUGUUUUGUGAUCCAGAAAUCGAGUUUCGAGUUUAGUUCCCUACCUUUCAAUUCAUUUCCACAUUUUGGAGUCUAUUACUAGAAGGAAGAAGGGUCAUAAUGAUCAAUUUAAUCAUCUAAUUUGUUUUGGUUGGCAUAUUUCUUUGCUGUGCAUGGUGGGGCAUUACAAAAGGAGAGUAUUCAUUUGUGAGAAAUGUCGAGAUUGAUGAAUUGAUAAGUCAUGAAUACAUAAUGGACUUUUUAAAAGCUGAAUUAUUCACCUCUGUUUCAAAACAUUCUAGUAUUUAUUUGGCUCAGACAAGUCACUUUGACUUUGUAGCUUAGUGGCCUUAUAAAUAAAUAAAGUAACAGAAUAAGAAUUGAGUCUGUUUUGACAACUUGCUGAACUUCAAAACACCACAGAUGUUUCACUUUAAUGAACAGAGAUGACAAACAGCGAAAGGAAGAAGCUCCUUCCUGCUUUUUAAAAAUGAAUCUCUUUAUGCACUUUACUCCAUCUCCUUUUCCUACCCGAGUCAGAUCUUGUAUGAAUAGCAGCUUAAAACACGACUCCUCUCAAACUACCACAAAAAUAACAAGUUAAAAGCUGCCUCCGAAGGAUUUUUGCUCUCAGGUUUGCCAAAGAUCAUUUAAGAAGUGCUCCUUGAUCGUUUUUUUUUCCAUUAAAAAAACUUUUACCAUGACAUAAGCUACUUGUCUGUGUGAGUGUCAAAUGUUUUCUCCUGCCUGUUUACAUCUUACUGUGCUAUCUGUAAAACAUAAUAAAAUUAAAAAUGCAAUGAGACACUAAA